GACAAGGGUAUGCCGAAAAAUGAUCUCCACUGUGAUUGGCCUGCCCCGCUAAGCGAGAGGGUGAUCUAAAGAGCGUUUACGCCGCCCAACGUCACCCUCACCGCGUCUUUAUAAAUAUCCUUCGUUCCCACAGGCCAGGCACUCAGAUACCAGACCCUUAACCCGAUCUUACUCAUCGCCGAUUUAUCACGACCUUCGCGUCCGCUUCAAUUCAUAACCAACCCAACUUUCUAAAAUCACCUCGCAAAAAUGACUGGAGGCAAAUCUGGCGGCAAGGCUAGCGGUAGCAAGAACUCGCAAUCCCGCUCGUCCAAGGCCGGUCUCGCGUUCCCCGUUGGUCGUGUUCACCGUCUCCUCCGCAAGGGCAACUACGCCCAGCGUGUCGGUGCUGGUGCUCCCGUCUACUUGGCUGCUGUCCUUGAGUACCUCGCUGCUGAGAUCCUCGAACUGGCGGGUAACGCUGCCCGCGACAACAAGAAGACCCGUAUCAUCCCUCGUCACCUCCAGCUCGCCAUCCGUAACGAUGAGGAGUUGAACAAGCUGUUGGGCCAUGUCACCAUCGCACAGGGUGGUGUCUUGCCGAACAUCCACCAGAACCUGCUCCCCAAGAAGACUCCCAAGAGUGGCAAGGGCGCCGGUAGCCAGGAGCUGUGA